AUGUUUUCUCCGUGGCAUGCCAUCAAGGCGUUUUCUCCGUGGCAUGCCAUCAAGGCGUCUUCUCGGAGCGCUGAGGUCACCACCACCACCACCACCCCUCGUUUUGCAGCAAGUCGUAAACCCAGCAUGCCGACCUUCUGCUACUCCGUCAAGCUCUCUACUUCUCGGCGGCGAUCGCCGCAUGCCAGCGCCGCCGGAGGCAGUCAGGUGGCAGACGACGUAGAUCAGGGAAACCAAGACUGCAGAGGUGAGGAUUCAGUACCCGCUGGCGGCUAUAUUGCGCGAGAUUGCGGGGGAUGCCGUCAACCACAGGUGACUCAGGCGAAAAGCGCUUCAAGUGCUGGUGCUGGGGGCUAUGGAGACAAUCUGAACCCAGCUGAAGCUGCCGAAGCCGAGGAUAUCAUUUUCGGAAGUAUAAGCGCUCACGACGUUCGCCAGCCCGUUCGACGCACGUAUGACAAUGCCGGUGAGGUGCUACCGUCCGGUGUCACCCUUCGACUUGCUACCGUCGGAGCGCUCGGCGAAGCUAUCGGCUUCCUUGACGUUGGAGCUGGUGUUGGCAACGUGCUUGCGCAGGUAGCACUUACAACGAAAGUCAGAACAUGCAUCGGGAUCGAGCUGCGAAGGGACCUCAUCUCCCUUGGAUGA